AUGGGGAUGCAGAAUGCGAGUAGGAAGACCAGGAAUGGCCGAAUCACAGGGCGAGGAGAACAGACGAGGGAGGCGGGUACCGAUGUAUCAUGGCGCAAGCGCAACGGAGUAUCCGUGCAGCAGAUAAUGCGGUCCCUAGCGCAGCAGCCAGCUGGAGGCCAGGACGAGUAA